AUGGCCUACACCAAUUACAGCAGUCUCAAUCGGGCUCAACUCACCUUUGAAUAUCUGCACACAAAUUCAACCACCCAUGAAUUCUUGUUUGGUGCUCUUGCUGAACUGGUUGAUAACGCAAGAGACGCCGACGCUACCCGAAUAGAUAUUUAUGCUGAAAGACGAGAGGACUUUCGAGGGGGAUUUAUGCUCUGUUUUCUGGAUAACGGAUUAGGAAUGGACCCAAACGAUGCCAUCAGUGUGAUCCAGUUUGGGAAAUCAGCCAAACGAACACCAGAGUCCACACAGAUUGGGCGGUAUGGGAACGGGCUGAAAUCAGGCUCAAUGCGUAUUGGGAAGGAUUUUAUCCUCUUCACCAAGAAGGAACAGACCAUGAGCUGCCUCUUUCUGUCUCGAACCUUUCACGAGGAGGAAGGCAUUGAUGAAGUGAUAGUGCCAUUGCCUACUUGGAAUAUCCAGACACAAGAGCCAGUCACAGACAACGUGGAGAAAUUUGCCAUCGAGACAGAGCUCAUCUACAAGUACUCUCCUUUCCACACCGAGGAAGAAGUGAUGGCCCAGUUCAUGAAGAUUUCUGGAACUAGUGGAACCUUAGUCAUCAUUUUUAAUCUCAAACUCAUGGACAAUGGAGAACCGGAACUAGAUAUAACCUCAAACCCAAAAGAUAUUCGGAUGGCAGAGGUAGCCCAUGAAGCCAUGAGGCCAGAGUGGUACUCCUUCAGUGCCUAUGCUGCUGUCCUUUAUAUCGAUCCUCGGAUGAGGAUUUUCAUUCAUGGGCACAAGGUGCAGACCAAAAAGCUCUCCUGCUGCUUGUACAAGCCCAGGAAGUACACGUUCACGUCCAGCCGUUUUAAGACCCGGGCAGAACAAGAGGUAAAGAGGGCAGACCAAGUAGCUCGGCUUGCUGAAGAGAAGGCUCGGGAAGCAGAGAGCAAAGCCCGCACAUUAGAAAUGCAUAUAGGCGGAGACAUGGCACGGGACUCCAGGGUGAUGUUGCGUCACGUCCAGAAUACAGCCAUCACCCUCCGAAGAGAAGCUGAUGUCAAAAAAAGGAUCAGAGACGCCAAGAAGCGAGCACUCAAAGAACCUAAGGAAUUGAAUUUUGUUUUUGGUGUCAACAUUGCACGCCGUGACCAUGACGGCAUGUACAUCUACAACUGUGGCCGCCUGAUCAAGAUGCAUGAGAAAGUGGGCCCGCAGCUGGAAAAGGGCAAAGUGUGUGGCGGGGUUGUUGGAGUCAUCAAUGUGCCCUACCUAGUCCUGGAGCCUACACACAACAAGCAAGACUUUGCUGAUGCCAAGGAGUACCGCCACCUCCUGCGGGCAAUGGGCGAGCACCUGGCACAGUACUGGAAGGAUAUAGCCAUUGCUCAGCGUGGAAUCACUAAGUUCUGGGAUGAAUUUGGCUACCUCUCAGCCAACUGGAAGCAACCACCAUCUGAUGAGCUACACUUCAAACGCAAGAGGGCCAUGCAAGUCCCGACCACCAUACAGUGUGAUUUGUGUCUGAAGUGGAGAACCCUCCCCUUUCAGUUAAGUGCUGUGGAAAAAGGUUACCCUGACACUUGGUUUUGUGCCAUGAACCCUGAUCCUGAACAGGACCAGUGUGAGGCUUCUGAACUGAGUCCGAAGAUUCCUCUGGGGAUAUUAAAAAAGACCCCAAAGACACAAGAAGAAAGGCGGAAGCAACUGACAGAGAAAAUUCGCCGGCAGCAGAAGAAGCUGAUGGCCCUAAAGAAAACCAAGCCCAUCCGUUCCCGAAGCGACCUGAAACAGCUACCCUUGGAAGUGACCACCAGACCUUCCAUCAAACGUCCUGCUCAGAGACUUCAAGGCCCUCGAUCACCUUCCCGUGCAGUGAAAAAGAAUGCCCGAAGACGAACCCAGGCCGUGCAUGCCCCUAGACCACUCAGACAGCUCCAAAAGGCCUCUGUCUUCGGCACCAAACCGGAAUCUCCUCCUUUCACAGCCCAAACAGAGGCCAUGCUGCCUCAGCCACCUGAGAUACCUCAAAACCCAGUGAGCACCCUGGUCCAAACUGUACUGGAGCCCAUUCCUCUGGUACAACCCCUGUCACCAUCUGUAGUCCCCAAAUCUGACAACCUUUGGGAGGUUGAAACCCCCAAAGCCAUGAAGACUCCAGUGGCUAAGAAGCCAGAUCCAUCAGUUAACUCCUCACUGGUGCCUUACAAUCGUAAGCGGGGUCUUGAGGUCUCAGCUGAGGAAGAGGCUGGGGAGAGAAGGGAGGGGAUGUGCAAACGGGCCAGGUUUACUGUGAAGGAAGAAAAGAUUCAAGUGAGUGAGCUCCUAGACAGUGAUGAGGAGACUGCAGCUGACCUGAGCACUGCUGCAAAAGAUAAAGGGCUGUAUGUGGAGGUCCGUGUGAAUGAAGAUUGCUACAAGGGCCAUGUCACAACAGUGGAGAUGGGUGAGAAUGCGGUAUGGUGGAAAGUCAGGUUUGAGGAUGUGCCCACGGACACCACACCAAGAGACUGCUGGGUGGAAAAAGGCAGUGACAAUGUAUGGAUGAUGCAGCCAGCUUCAGAGUUUGAGAGCACUGACAUGCAGCAAGAGGACAGUAACGAAGAGGAGGACACCCAGGUCCAACAGGCGAUGGCAUUGCAGGCCUCCUCCACCACUGAAUGCUUUUGCAGUGAACCUGACACUACUGAUGCCAAGACCAGCAAUAAGACCAUUGACCUCCUGGUCCAGAUUCUUUGGAAUUGCUUACACUAUUUCAUGCCUCUGAAUUUUCCCAUCUCAAAGAGGGAGUUGGGGGCUAUGAAUUCUGAAGAGCUGCUUUCCCUCCCUCUAAAAGAGUGCUUCAAGCAAUACGAAGUGGGACUCCAGGAUCUGUGCCGCUCCUACGGAAGCUGUGCUAACUCACAAGCCAAGGCCUCUGAGGAGAGCCUGCUAAUCUCCCAGAAAAAACUUCAGGAAACAGAGGAAAAACUCCAAAAGCUGCGGACCAAUAUUCGGGCACUCCUGCAAAAGGCUCAGGAGGACAUAAACAUCAGCACAGACGAUGAGCUUGACGCCUACAUUGAGAGUCUCCUCAGCAGUGAAGACUGA